AUGAAUAUGGAACAGCAAGAUGUUUCUAUUACAGAUGCCAAUGAUGAUACUCUACACAGCAAAGUAGCUCCCCAUUCAGCUAUGCUCGACUUGAUUGGUGAUUUGCAAAAGAAAAAGAAGAAAGAGGUGAAAGAAGUAGAGAAGAGAAGCGAAAACAAGAAAGAAAAAGAAGAAAAGUACAAAACUGUUCUGAAGAAAGACCGCUUCGAACCGCAAAACUAUCUUCUUCGUAUAGAAGGUUCGAUCUGUUGUUCCACAAUAAUUGUAACAACAAUACUCAUAGUAACCAAUUUCCUUCUUCUACUCACAGUUAUAACUCUAAGCAAAGGAGAUUUACGUCAUUUGGUCAAUACUAUACCUAUCAAUCAGAACGAUAAAUAA